AACUCUGUUUCAGUUCUCCUCCUAGGCACAGUUCUGGCUCAACCAGUGCCAGAACCUCAAUAUCCUUGUGGACCACCGUGCGAGCCUCCUCCAUGUGACCCAUGUUCUCAACCAGAACCAGAACCAUGCUCUUUAUCAGACCCUCGUCAGACAGCCGACCAGGAAGUUGUGACCAUCAGACCGUGUAACCCAAAUGAACCUAGCAUCAACUACGUCUAUGGACAAGCUCCGUAUGAUUCGGUACUAGUAAGGCCAGGUCAAAUCCGCUUCCCAACACCUCCGCCAAUAGUCGUCAGGCCAGGAACCAUCAAGCUACCAACACCCCCUCCCAUCAUCGUGAAACCAGGACCAGUUCAGCCUCCAACCCCAGCUCCUAUCCACGUCAAGCCGAACCCAGUCCAACCUCCAACCCCACCACCCAUUCAAGUUAGACCACCUCCGGUUUACCCACCUCAGCCACGACCGAUUAUUGUAAGACCACCCGCUAUUACCCCGCCUAGGGGUCCUCCAAUCAGGGUUCAACCGCAACCAAUCCACCCUCCUCUUCCAGCAACCCUGGUCGUCCAACCCCCUAGACUUAUCGUCCCUCAACCUCCAAUAAUUUGCUUCAAGCCCAACCCGACAACUGGCAUCCGGACAUACGGCUGUGCAAGAAUUUCUCUCUACAAUCGAUGCCCAAACCCUUGCCCUUGCCCAGAACCAUGUCCCUGCCCAGAACCAUGCCCCUGCCCAGAACCAAACCCCUGCCCAGAACCAUGCCCCUGUCCGGAACCAUGCCCCUCUCCAUGCCCAGAACCAUGCUUCUCACCACCAUGCUACUGAGGGCUAAGUAAUUGUAUUUUUAAAUUAGAGCUAUGUUUGUAAAUGUGAUAUGCGAUUGAAAUAAAUAGCGGGUAUUUUUGCAAGUUAA